CAAUCCGACGUAUUUGCAGCCUCUCACACACGCCAUUCUCAUCUCCCCCUCUUCCACUCCCGUUUGGAGUGAGGCGCGAGACGAGAGGCGAUGGCCGGCAUCCGAAGUAAUCUUCUUCUAAGGGAGUUGUGCCACGUCUCCCCGUUUCUCAGGCCUAGCCGAACGAUUCCGGCCAUACUGAUCCGCGUCCACGUCGGGAUCGGCGAUAUCCGCUGCGCUGCCUCGCAAUCCGGCGACGGGGACAAGAAGGUAUCUGCUCGUCUAUCUAUGAUGCAACAGAUCCUUCAAGAUGCCGAGGAGCGGGCUGUCUCCGCAAGCUCCGAGUCCGCCCUAAAGAUCACACUGAACCAUGUCACUGUUAGUUUUGCAAGAAGUGGGGGACCGGGGGGUCAAAAUGUAAACAAAGUGAACACUAAGGUAGACAUGCGCUUCAAUGUUAGUCAAGCACAUUGGCUUAGCGAAAGAGUCAGGGAGAGAAUACUUCAAAUGGAAAAAAAUCGUAUCAACAAGGAUGGGGAGAUUGUAAUUUCAUCAACAAGGACAAGAACACAGAAGGGUAACAUUGAAGAUGCGCUGGAGAAACUGCAGGCUAUUAUAGAUGCUGCAUCAUAUGUUCCACCUCCUCCUUCAGAAGAACAAAAGAAGAAGAUAGAAAAAUUGGCUGCUAUUGGAGAACAGAAGAGGAUGCAGAAUAAAAAAGCUAUCUCACAGAGAAAGGCCUUUAGGAGAAACAAAGAAAGUUGGGACUGAUGCUGAGGUUGAAUUGCAAGGGGUUUCCUAGAGAAGUUGAUCUACCGUCAUUGUUAUACACUCCAUGGAAAUGACUGGCUGAAAUAUAAUGAGAAACAUGUGCUGUCGUUGGGGAGUUCUUUCCAUACAAGUAAAACUAGUAAAAUCUUUCUAUAGAAUAUUCCAAUUUAUGUAAAUGGUCAUUCACUCAUCUUUCUUACACAUUUAAAAGCAAGUUCACGUCAUGGUGGCUACGUUAUUGAAUUAUUCUUAAAUUAGGAUGCAUCAUAUAAAUGGAUUUGGUGUUAUGACCAUCUGCUUGAAAUAUGGCCAGAGACAGAAUCAAUUUGAUCAUGUUUUAGGCUUUGAUUUUAUUUAAAUUUAGUGAUGUAUGUAAAUUAUUGAAGUACAGAAAUUUACUUCAGCUGUUGUAUGCAAGGCUUGGGUGAUUGAGCUAUAGAUGGAAGAGAGAUUUAAAAUUAUAUGUUA